AUGGCGAACGCAGUGAGCGUAAUUCUGUGCUCUUGGGCACUCUUGAGCUGCGUCGACGCCCUCGUCAACACCAAUUUUACCGGCACGCAUAAGACCUCUGCAGUAAUAUUCGACAAUGAAUUCUCCCUCAUUGUUUGCAUCGUGAGCGUGGAGGACUUGGAACGGGUAGCAUUGGAAGAUGAUGGAAAGGAUGGAUUCGAGGAGGGGCCCGACGAGGAUGAAAGGGCUGAUGAAAAGGGAGAGGGUGAUGAGGAUGAGAUAAUGAGUGGCGGGAAUGGUAGCGUGGAGUUGAUUGCUGACAACGAGUAUGAAAACAACGAAAAGAGUGUAGGCGAUGCGGCGGUGGACGAGGGUUAG